CUCCUGUUUCUCCCCACCGACAUCACGAUUUAAAAAAAAAAAGAAAAACCCAGUGGCGACAUUACAGGUUUUGCGAAGAUGGAAAUUCGACCACCGCCAUUGUCGUUUGUGAUUUUAUCAACGUUAUUGCUUUUAUACGCUGAAGCUAAAACCAUUGAUCCUUACAAGGUUCUUGGUGUGGAGAAAAACGCGGGUCAACGAGAGAUUCAGAAAGCUUUUCACAAGCUCUCACUUCAAUACCACCCUGACAAGAACAAAAAUCAAGGUGCACAAGAGAAGUUUGCUGAGAUCAACAACGCGUAUGACAUUUUAUCAGAUGAAGAAAAGAGAAAAAAUUAUGAUAUGUAUGGGGAUGAAAAAGGUGCCCCUGGAUUUGGUGCUGGCCAUCCUGGGGACCAGGGUGGAUAUACUUACUUCACCAGUGGUGGACCUGGCCAAAGUGGGUUUACUUCUGGAUCUGGUGGAUGGCAGCAUAUGGGUAGGCAGGGAAGUUCCCAGACUUUCUCAUUUUCCUUUGGUGGCCCUGGUGGAUCGCGCUCAUUCGGUGGCGGUGGUGGACCAAGUUCCUUUGGUUUUGAUCUAAAUGAUAUUUUCUCUGGCUUCUUUGGGGGUGGUAUGAAAGAUCAGGGCCAAUUUGGUGGUUUCGGUGGUUCAAGCAGGUCUCAGUCUCAAUCUAGGAGUUCACCUAAGAGCAUCAGGGCUAUAAAUUCUGAGGUCUUCAGAAAAGAAAUAGCUGACCAAGGGAUGACUUGGCUUUUGUUAUCUUAUACACCAUCAUUGCAGGGGAAACAAUAUUAUGAAUCUAUCAUUGAGGAGGUGGCUAGUUUAUUGCAAGGAGCUAUAAAGGUUGGAAGCAUAAAUUGUGAAACUGAAUCAACUUUCUGUAAGGAUCUUGGUAUGCGUCCUGGGAGAACACCAAGGUUGUUAGUUUAUUCAUACAAAGGAAGUGAGAAGGGUUCUCUGGAAGAAUACGAGGGUGAUUUGAUUGCUAAAAAUAUCAAAACUUUUUGCCAAGAGCAUUUACCAAGGUUUUCAAAAAGGAUUAGCCUAAAUCAUCUUGACUUGUCCUCUAGUAAUGUAGAAACAUACCCAAGGGUGAUGCUUUUUUCUACCAAAAAGGAUACACCUGUGAUCUGGCGUGUUCUCAGUGGCUUGUAUCAUAAAAGAUUCAUUUUCUAUGAUGCAGAGGUGCACGAUGUUUCUGAUCCAGCUGUGAAGAAGUUAGGUGUUGAUGCACUUCCAGCUAUAAUUGGAUGUCUGUCUAACGGAGAGAAGCAAAUCCUGAAAUCUGGUGUUUCUGUAAAGGAUUUGAAGUCUGCAAUCCAAGAUCUCAGUACGUUGCUGGAUAGUUUUGAGAAGAAGAACAAAAAGGUGGCUUCAUCUCAGACUAGAAAAAUGCAGACAGAUUCCACAGAGGGGCAGUUGCCUCUGUUGAUGGCAUCAAACUUUGAGGCUCUUUGUGGGGAGAAAACUCCUCUCUGUAUUAUAGGUGCAUUUCGAUCAUCCAGAGCUAGGGAGAAGCUGGACUCUCUUUUAUCCAAGGUUUCUCAGAAAUCACUAUCAAGGAGACAGAAUCAGAGUGUGGCCUCAGGUUCUAGGGAUUCCAUAUCUUAUAUGCUCCUAGAUGCUACCAAGCAGCCAUCAUUUUUAAGUGCAUUUGAUAAAUCUGGAUUCAAAUCAUCAGAUAACAUUGUGGUGGCAUACAAACCUCGGAAGAGGAAGUUUGCAGCAUAUAUGGGUGACAUGACCAUGGAAGAAGUAGAGAUCUUCAUAGGUUCUGUUCUUAAUGGAGAUGUACAAUUUACCAGGACAAGACAGAAGCCUGUUCUCAAAUGAACCAGUCAAUAUAUAGGUAUGAACUCAGGUUCUGGUUUCCGAAUACCAUGUACAUAGUGGAGAGUGAUAGCAUCAUUAGAAUUCCUAAUCAUCUAAACAACAGAAACGAUACAAACACCUUGGCUCCAGUCUCACAUGCCACCUUGAGUGGUGUUCUUCUUCCACCCUAUACGUUCUGAGUUUGAGGAGCAUCUGCAUCAUGAAAAGGGAGCUUACAAGAGCAUUGCAUGUAUCUGGGCUGGAAAAUCCCAGACCCCAUGUGACAUUUAACAUUUUUGUUACUGAGUAAGUGAGUAAUUUUAUCUUUGACUGUAUAGAACUAGAUGAUAAAGUCUUUGAUCAUACAAGUGACACUUCAAAGUUUUUGUCUAGUGUCAGGUCUCAAACAAUGGAUAUGAUUUGCUUAAGAUAAGCAGUGGCUUGAUUUGUUUAUGUUUCAA